AGGCCGCCGUGCAGGCAUCUGAGGACAGAGACUCCAAAAUGGCGAACCGCGACAAGGAGCUGGAAGAGGAGAUUUACGACAAGGUGGUGGACCUGACAGAAUAUGCCAAACGUCAGCGAUGGUGGAACCGCCUUUUCGGGAAGAACUCCGGCCCCCUAGCAGAGAAAUACUCCGUGGCCACACAGCUAGCCAUCGGGGGAGUGAGUGGAUGGUGUGCAGGUUAUCUCUUCCAGAAGGUUGGGAAAGUUGCUGCUACAUCUGUAGGGGGAGGGCUUCUGCUCUUACAGAUAGCUAACAACAGUGGCUAUAUCCAAGUGGACUGGAAAAGAGUAGAGAAGGAUGUCAACAAAGCUAAGAAGCAGUUAAAGAAGGGAACCAAUCAAGCAGCGCCAGAGUUGAACACAUUUGUUGAGAAGUCCACAGAGUUUGUGAAGAAAAACUUUAUGGUCACAAGUGGUUUCAUUGGAGGAUUCCUGCUUGGCCUGGCAUCUUAGGGUCUGCCAAAUUACAACAGUCCACAUUUCUUCAAUGUUGUGGAAAAACUUUAGGGAAACAGUAUAAAUUAUUGCUGGAAGGUUUUAAAGUGUU